CGACAGACGAGUUGAAGCGGUCUGUGUUAUUUUUGUCAGCAAGACUCCUCAGCAUCGUAUGUAAAUCAAAUGUAUAGGCCGUUUGACCCCACCAAGAGUCGUAUAAAGAUGCACGCCACCCAUCGUCUUAGGAGCGUUGAGGUGGCGCGAGGGAGAGCUGGCUAUGGUUUUACUCUUUCUGGACAGUCGCCUUGUUUAAUAGGUAGUGUGAUUAAGGAUAGCCCUGCUGAGUUUGUUGGACUUAAACCUGGGGAUCAAAUUUGCGCAGUCAAUGAAAUUAAUGUGAAAAAGGCAUCUCAUGAAGAUGUGGUCAAAUUAAUUGGAAAAUGUUCUGGUGUUCUUCAUAUGGUCAUCGCAGAAGGAGCCCGUCACAUAGAUUUAGGCUCUAGUGAUGAGGAAAUUGCCUAUUAUGAGGGUAAGACUUGCUUGAAGCCAAGGCCUGAUUCAAAAGCAAUGGGCAUAAACAGAGCAAAGAGAGUUGUAGAAGAGAUGCAAUCUGGAGGAAUAUUCAACAUGAUAUUUGAGAACCCAGUAUCUGGUGGAAAGACGGACAACCAUGCACCAAAACAGAGAUCAAGGUCAAUGUCUGCUUCACAUUAUGAAAUGAGAAGGGAGAAACCAAAACACAAUAUGGACUUUCUUUCAACAGAAGAAAUAUCAAAAAUGAUAAACGGCGACUCUGUGUUCUCCAAUGGGGUUCAGAACCUGGAGGACUUUGAGCUGGACGCAAGUAUCUUAAAUGUUGGUAUGAUCGUUGGCUAUCUUGGCUCUAUCGAACUUCCCUCCACAAGUUCCAAUCUUGAGUAUGAAAGCUUGCAGGCUAUCCGCGGGUGCAUGAGACGCCUAAGAGCUGAGCAAAAAAUACAUUCCCUGGUGCUCAUGAAAAUCAUGCAUGACAACAUCCAGCUUUGCAAUGAUAAGGUGGGUAUUCUAGCUGUGUACCCUGCUGAGAAACUGGCGUUUAGUGCCGUGUGUCCUGAUGACAGAAGGUUUUUUGGACUCGUUACUAUGCAAAGUAAUGAUGAUCAAAGCUUGGCACAAGAUGAAGAAGGGGUUUUGAGGACAUCUUGCCAUGUGUUCAUGGUGGAUCCGGAAUUAUUUCACCAUAAAAUACAUCAGGGUAUUGCCAGGAGAUUUGCAUUUGAAUGUACACCAGAUCCAGACACCAAUGGAUGCUUGGAGUUCCCACCAUCUUCGAUGCCAGUUCUACAGUUUAUAUCCGUUCUUUACAGAGACAUGGGUGAGUUGAUUGAAGGCGUGAGGGCAAGGGCAUUUCUCGACAAUGAUGCUGAUGCCCAUCAGAAUAACAGCACCAGCAGUAAUAGCGAUAGUGGAAUUGGGAAUUUUAACCAGGAAGAGAAAACGAACAGGGUGUUGGUUGUUGACUUGGGAAGUGCCCCAAAUAAACACAUUCCUCAUGGACUAUGGGAGAAUCCUGCCGGCAGAGCACAGAAUCAAUCUGUUCUACACUGGAAUGGAUAUUCCAAUGAGGAUGAUGGUAAUUUUCCAUCAGCAGAUAAACCACAGAACUACAAGAAGCAUUUGGGUCCAUCUGCACGAAUUGAGGUUCCUGUUAUUCCACCAAGAGGACCACCACAUCCUCCAAAGAAAGCUGGCCCGCUAGAUGUUGCAGGCCAGAAGAAAUGGUUGCCUGUUCACGUAAUGCGAGAUUGGCAGCAAGGGAAUGUCAGUGAUCAGGAGUCCUAUGCUGACUCCACAGAUGGAUGGUCCAGUGUUAACUGUGGAACUUUACCUCCUCCGAUGAGUAAGAUUCCUGCCGACAGAUACAGAGUGGAAGGAAACUUUGCACAACCUCCUGCAUGCAAAGAUGACUGGUCAAAGAAAGCCUUUGAUGUACAUAAUAUUUUGGGGGCUAUACAUUCAUCUAAGAAGUCCAGAGAAGAUCGAAAGAACUCCAAGUUUGGCCAUGUCAGUGGAAUGGUCCAGGGUCCGCAACGCUCCUCAGGUCGGAGGUCUCUUGGAAGAUCAAAAAGAUUCAGUAUCACACGCUCGCUUGAUAACUUGGAGGCUGCUACAGUCUCCGAUGGAGAACUGAACAGCACUGAUCUGAAAGGAUGUGUAAGCGAGAACAGUUUGAGCAGCAAUGCCAGCCUGCCCAGUGUACAGAGCUGCCGGAAACUCGGAGAGCGCAGGGUGGCCAGCUGGGCUGUGUCUUUCGAAAGACUUCUUCAGGAUCCAGUUGGUGUUCGGUAUUUUACAGAGUUUUUGAAGAAAGAGUUCAGUGAGGAGAACAUUUUGUUCUGGCAAGCCUGUGAAUAUUUCAGCCGCGUUCCAGCUCAUGAUAAAAAUGAGUUGUCCUACAGGGCCAGGGAAAUAUUUAACAAGUUUCUGAGCAGCAAGGCGACCACUCCGGUGAACAUUGACAGCCAAGCUCAGCUCGCUGAUGACAUUCUCAAUGCUCCUCACCCGGAUAUGUUCAAAGAGCAGCAGCUCCAGAUAUUUAACUUGAUGAAGUUUGACAGCUACACUCGAUUCCUGAAGUCACACUUGUACCAGGAGUGCAUGCUGGCCGAAGUAGAGGGGCGAUCCCUGCCAGAUCCCCAGGAGAUACCCAGCAGCCCAACCUCCAAACAUAGCGUGAGCUCUGACCGCUCCAACAUCUCUACUCCUAAAAAGCAAUUAAGUAAAAAGACCAAGUCAGGGCGAUCUCUGAAUGAGGAGUCGGGAGGAGAGGAUGAUAAUGAUAAAAGGAGGAAAGGAACCUUCUUUUCCUGGUCCAGGAGUAAAAGCAUUGGGAAAUCGCAAAAGAAGAAAGAAAAUGGGGAUGUUACCAAUGACUCCACUUUUAUCAAUGGGGGUCCAGGCAGGAGGCGCGAGUCGCAAGGUUCUGUAUCAUCUUCGGCAAGCCUUGAGAUGAUUAAUUGUGGAAGUAACGGCAAUGCGCUGGAGUUUGAAUCGUCCAGAGUGUCGUCUUCUGAGAAAUCCCCCAAACACUGCUACAUCGCUAUGCCAGAUGGCUCGUCCUGUGCCAUGGUUGUGAAGACUGGUUUCUCCAUUAAGGAAAUCCUGUGCGGCCUGUGUGAGAAGCAUGGCUUUAAUAUUGCUGCAGUGGAUCUGUUUUUAGUUGGCGGUAACAAGCCGCUCGUUCUCGGCCAAGACAGCAGCAUUCUCGAGUCCCGGGAUCUAAGAAUAGAAAAACGGACGUUGUUUCGCUUGGAUCUUGUACCAAUUAACAGAUCAGUGGGAUUGAAAGCCAAACCGACGAAGCCUGUGACUGAAGUCUUGCGUCCUGUUGUGGCUAAAUAUGGGCUGAAUCUUAAUGAACUUGUUGCUAGACUUAGUGGGGAGCAGGAACCUCUAGACUUGGGUGUCCCUAUAUCCACCUUAGACGGCCAGAGAGUUGUAUUAGAGGAAAAGGACGGCUCCAGAAUGAAAGACAAAGCAAAGAAUCCUGUGAUAAAGUCAAUUCCUGCAUUACCCAACUCCAGGAUCCAUACAUGCACGGUGGAAGAUCGACCUCUUGUAAAAUCUGCCUCCAUUAGACUUAGAGGGGAAUUUGGCAAAGGAAGAGAUACUCGACAACAGAAAAAAGAUGAAGCAGUGCUGAGAGUGGGCAGAAAGAAGCAGCAUAAAAUUAAUCUGGAUGAAGCGGAAGCCUUUUUUGAGAUGAUUUCGAAAGCACAAAGCAAUCGAGCAGAAGACCAGCGUGGCCUCCUACGGAAAGAAGACCUAGUCCUUCCAGAUUUCCUUCGAUUGUCCCCUCCCGAUGAGACUUCCUUAACCCCAGGAGCAGGACAGAGUAGCAGAAAAAAGAUGGAGAAGAGCACCAGCCUUGACAAAGGCACAAAUGGUGCUUCCCGCGGGUUCCUAGGUACAAAACAGGACUUCACCCAAAAUGGUGCAGACUGGUCUGCCAAGUUCAGCGGAGUGGGGAAGAGGGACAAAGCCGAAAUGGUGCCACCUUCUGGAAGGAAGACGUAUGUUCCUUUUAACCCUCCACUGUCUCCAAUCCCUCAUGUCCAAGACAGACGCGUCGCCAGCCGCGAGCGACGUUCGAAAGACUUGUCUAGCGGGAACAUUCAGACUGUGGAAGACGACAAUGUAGCGGAUCUCACUCUAGUGGCGGAAGGAGACAUUAGCAGCCCCAAUAGCACUUUACUCCCAAUGCCCCCAACACCGCUGCGCGAUGUCAGUAAGCUGUCCGAAGCCAACUUUUCACCCCCUCCUCCAUGCACGGCUAGCCAAGAUAGUUCUGGAUGUCAGAGAUCAGGUACCAGAGGCAAAAAGAAGAGUCUAUCACGAAGCACGGAGAGUUUCUGGGAGCACUCUGCGAAUAGUUCCAAGGAGAAAGUUGCCAACCAGUGUCUCCUGCCAGCUGGGAGAGUCAUUGACGUGGAUGGAGUGAAACCCAGUUCAAGGAGGAAUGACUCCGGGGAUGAUGUGGGCAAUCUAAGCUUUGAGGGGUACAUUUCCGAGCUAAAGACUUGCAAGGGCCGAAUGCGGACUGGUGUGUACAGGACAUCUGACUUGCCAGCAAUGGUGACGGCAAAGACGGACAGGAAGAAAGAAUCAGGCACAAAAUAUAAAGCCACCUUUGUGUAGGACAGAGGAAAGCUGGACACAAUGGGACUUGUAGAUUUGAAGCCGCUGGAAAGCCA